AAGAAAGAAAGAAAGAAAGAAAGAAAGAAAGAAAGAAAGAAAUCGGACGAUCACAGUAUACCAGCGUGCUUCGCACGGCUGAUAUAAUAAAAAUGCCAUGUUUUUGGGGUGCAUAAUACCAUAUGGCUGAACGGGUCAAUGCCUCGUCUUUAUGGCACGUAUACCGUACCGUCAGGUGCAUCAAACCGGCGACAUUGUAAGAUUUCCGUUAGCAGAGGGUCCAUUCCACAACCAGAGAAGGCCUCAGCAUGAUCAACGGCUCGGAUAAGAGCCGCCAAAAUUCCUGGCGUUGGAUGAUAUUAUUCUCUCGCUUUUUGUGGUCGUUUAUCGCCCUCGGUAAAUUUAAAGCCAUGGGAGUUUUGCUUCCCCACAUCGUGGUCAGCUUUUCCACCAGCACAGCCGUCGCAGGGUUCGUGACAAGCGCUAGUGUAGGCAUUGGGACUACAGUGUGCGGUCCCUUAGCUGGUGCUGCGCUGAAGGUUUGGUCCCCACGGACAAUAACAAUGGUGGGAGGAGCAGUGGUUGGAACCGCCACCAUAGCAGGGUCACUUGCAACAUCUACUGUACAACUCGGAGUGCUCUUCUCAGUCUCAAGUAUUGGCCUGGCCUUUAUACAAGUAGCCAUGACACAAACUAUCAUGGACUACUUUCCAGACGACUUUGCAUUUGCUAACGGUGUCACCCUCGCAGGAGGCACGAUCGGCAUGAUGGUCCUUCCCCCGCUUGUGGAUUACCUGGUGUUCCUGUACGGUUGGCGAAAUGCUCUGGUACUGACGGGAGCUCUCUGUUUCAAUUACGUCGCGUGUGGAGCACUACUCAGACCACUCGACAUGCGAUACAGUCUGGUGCCCAGUCACGCCGAUGAGGAAACUGAACUCCCAAUGCCUGGUAACCCCAUUAAUAACGGCUCCUCUGAUUCGAAGGCGGAUCCUGGAGGAAUGACGUCCGUUCUGAGGAGAGUAUCUGAGACUCUACGCGAGCGUCUUGAUAUCCAGGCACUGACCCAGCCGACUUUCGUUAUGUUCCAAGUGGCAAUUUUGUUAGAGGGGAUGGUUUACAGUAUGUGGCAUUUAUUUCUCAUUCCACAAGGUAUUGAGCUUGGUUUCGGGGACUCCCCUUCUGCCUUCCUUGCAACCUACGGCGGAAUAGGAUCCCUGAUCGGACGCCUGAGCCAUGGACUCUCGGUUGAUCUCGGUCUCAUCAAAGCCUCAACACUCUUUAUCCUGGCUGGCCUAGUCUUUGCCGUACCCAAUCUUCUAGAUCCUCUGGCAGUUUCCUCGUACACGGCUCUGGCAAUCCUAGCUAGCAUUACGGGUAUAGCAAUUGGCGUCAUUUACCCUUUGACGUUUGUGCUGAUGAAAGAGGUGGUAGGCGACCGGCAGAUGUCUGCGUACGGCUGGCUCUUCGUGUCCCACGGUACCGGGACACUCGUAGGCGGAGUUUUCGCUGGUUGGGUCCAUGAUAUAAGCAAGGCGUAUGAGAUAGUCUUCAUGGUGACAGGAGCAACAGCAGUUUUGAUGGCAACCAUGAUAGGAAUAAUGCGAUGGUUUUCAUCUGUUCGUAAACCGGAUGAAUAUUAUUCUCUCGCUUUUUGUGGUCGUUUAUCGCCCUCGGUAAAUUUAAAGCCAUGGGAGUUUUUUCUUCCCCACAUCGUGGUCAGCUUUUCCACCAGCACAGCCGUCGCAGGGUUCGUGACAAGCGCUACUGCAGGCAUUGGGUCUACAGUGUGCGGUCCCUUAGCUGGUGCUGCGCUGAAGGUUUGGUCCCCACGGACAAUAACAAUGGUGGGAGGAGCAGUGGUUGGAACCGCCACCAUAGCAGGGUCACUUGCAACAUCUACUGUGCAACUCGGAGUGCUCUUCUCAGUAUCAAGUGUAGGCCUGACCUUUAUACAAGUUGCCUUGACACAGACUCUCAUGGACUACUUUCCAGACGACUUUGCAUUUGCUAACGGUGUCACCCUCGCAGGAGGCACGAUCGGCAUGAUGGUCCUUCCCCCGCUUGUGGAUUACCUGGUGUUCCUGUACGGUUGGCGAAAUGCUCUGGUACUGACGGGAGCUCUCUGUUUCAAUUACGUCGCGUGUGGAGCACUACUCAGACCACUCGACAUGCGAUACAGUCUGGUGCCCAGUCACGCCGAUGAGGAAACUGAACUCCCAAUGCCUGGUUACCCUAUUAAUAACGGCUCCUCUGAUUCGAAGGCGGAUCCUGGAGGAAUGAUGUCCGUUCUGAGGAGAGUAUCUGAGACUCUACGCGAGCGUCUUGAUAUCCAGGCACUGACCCAGCCGACUUUCAUUAUGUUCCAAGUGGCAACUUUGUUAGAGGGGGUGAUUUUCAGUAUGUGGCAUUUAUUUCUCAUUCCACAAGGUAUUGAGCUUGGUUUCGGGGACUCCCCUUCUGCCUUCCUUGCAACCUACGGCGGAAUAGGAUCCCUGAUCGGACGCCUGAGCCACGGACUCUUGGUUGAUCUCGGUCUCAUCAAAGCCUCAACACUCUUUAUCCUGGCUGGCCUAGUCUUUGCCGUACCCAAUCUUCUAGAUCCCCUGGCAGUUUCCUCGUACACGGCUCUGGCAAUCCUAGCUAGCAUUACGGGUAUAGCAAUUGGCGUCAUUUACCCUUUGACGUACGUGCUGAUGAGAGAGGUACUAGUAGGCGACCGGCAGACGUCUGCGUACGGCUGGCUCUUCGUGUCCCACGGUACCGGGACACUCGUAGGCGGAGUUUUCGCUGGUUGGGUCCAUGAUAUAAGCAAGGCGUAUGAGAUAGUCUUCAUGGCGACAGGAGCAACAGCAGUUUUGAUGGCAACCAUAAUAGGAUUGAUGCGAUGGUUUUCAUCUGUUCGUAAACAGGAUGAAUAAGGUCGGUCUUUACUUGUCCAUCCUGCUGUGAC